CGUUUGCCUCCUGCCUCCUGCCCCAAACCAGCUGGACCAGCUCUCCCGGUGCCCGCCUGCAGCCCCCCCCCCCUUCGUGCCAGCCAAGUCACAGCCUCCAGGGCACCUUCAAGCAAACGGGUGGGGGGUCCUGAUCUUGGAGACCCAAAGGAAGGUGGGCUUCCAGGCAGAGAUGGCCCUGCAGAGCCAGAUGUGGUCUCCGGCCACACCCACGCCCAUGGCCGAGAGCUCCCUCUAUCGGCAGCGGCUAGAGGUCAUUGCUGAGAAGCGGCGGCUGCAGGAGGAGAUCCGCGCCGCGCGCCGGGAGCUGGAAGAGGAGAAACUCCGCGUGGAGCGGCUCAAGAGGAAGUCUCUCCGGGAGCGUUGGCUCAUGGACGGGGCAGCUGAGGAGCCGGAGCAGCAGGAGGACUCCACCUCUAAAGACCCCCAGUCACCUGAGGGCCAGGCUCAGGCCCGAAUCCGCAACUUGGAAGACAGCUUGUUCACACUCCAAUCCCAGCUGCAGCUGUUGCAAAGUGCAUCCACAGGUGCCCAGCACAAGUCCCCCGGCAGGCCCACCUGGCGCAGACAGGGUCAUCGACCUCUCUCCCAGCCUACCGUGGAGGCAGGUCCCACAGGCCACACUGAUCUGAGCAGGAGAGCCUCCCUCCCAGCUGGACCAGUGGACACCUCCCCAGAGUCCCCCUCUGAGCCCAGAGAUGAGGCUGUCAGGGUUCCACCCACCCUGAGGCUGUUCCCUGGGGCAGCAGGGGCCUCCUCAGAAGCCAACGGCCCCUGCCCUGGACCCAGCCCCGCUGCAGAACAGGGGCCGAGUCAGGGGCUGGCAGCAUCUGAGGGGGGCGUGGGUGAGGCCAAAGGAAGGGGCGUGGUGGAGGUGGUAUGGGAGGGGCUGAGGGCCACAGAGGACUGUGCCGCGGAGGCCACAGGCCCAGAGCUGGAGGCUAAGGUGGAGGAAAUGGUGCUGGAGGCCAUUGGGGACAGGCAGGAAGCUGCCUGCCCAGAGCCCCCGUCCUGGGUGAAGGAGGACAGGGGCAUCGUGGAGGUGGUCUGGGAGGGGGUGGGAGGGCCGGAGAGCAGCGACUCCGAGGCCACAGGGGAGGGGGGCAGGGGCCAGAAGGCCGCGCAGACCAGCUCCCCGAGGCUCCAGGUGAGGCUAGAGGGAGCAGCUCCUGGAGAAGGCGGCGUCCCCAGGGGCAGCUCUGACGGUGAUGGGCCAGGGGGCUCUGGAGGAGAGGAGGGGUCCUUCAUUUGGGUGGAGAGGGUGACCCUCAGCGAAGAGUGGGAGGAGCUGGGGGAGGAGCUGGUCGUGGAGGGGUUGGAAGGGCCAAGGGCACGGGGAAGCGGGGGAGGGCCUGAGAGUCCGCUGGGGGUGGAGAGGGGGGCAGGGGAGGAUGCCUGGGGGGCGGGAAGGAGCCAGGCAGAGGAACCGGUGGAGUCAGUGGGCGAAGGAAAGAAGGGGACUGAGGAAGAGGCAGGGGCAGACGGGUCUCUGGUGGGGGAGAGGGGGGGGAGCGAGGGCUCUUUGGAGCCAGAGAGGGGAGGAGGGGAGGAAAAGCUGAGGCCAGAGAGGAAAGCAGUUGAGGAACCACUGUCAGCCGCAAGAAAGGCAGUCGAGGGACCUUUGAGGGCAGAGAGGGAAAGAGGUGAGGGGCCGUUGCGAGUAGAGCAGAAAGAAGGUGAAGAAAAACUAGAGGCGAGCGAAGAACCAUUGGUGACAGAGGGAAAGGAAGGCGAGAAAUCACUGGAGGCAGAGGAAGGAGGAGGUGAGGCGCCAUCGGAGGCAGAGAGAACAGGAGGUAAGGCACUAUCGGGAGCUGAGAAAGGAGGUGAGGCGCCAUCGGAGGCAGAGAGAACAGGAGGUGAGGCACUAGGGGGGGCAGAGGAAGGAGGAGGUGAGGCGCCAUUGGAGGCAGAGGAAGGAGGAGGUGAGGCGCCGUCGGAAGCAGAGAGAGGAGGGGAGGCGUCACUGAAGGCAGAGGAGACUGACGUGGUUGAAGAUCAUCUGAGUCCAGAAGAGCAGAGAGAGUCCGGAGGAGGAAAGGAAUGUCAGGCAGAGGAGGUGAGUGAGGCAGGGGCUUCCUUGGGGGCCAAGGAGGAGUCAAGGCCGGAAGAGGAAGGACCACAGCCCCAGGAGAAGCAGGAAGGCUCCCUGGAGGAAGAAUCUGUAAGGCCCCAAACCCCUGCUGAGGGCCAGGGCCCCUCAGGGGACGCCACCACCCCCCUCCUGGCUGAGACCCCAGCUCCAGAGCAGCCUGCCGAGUGCCAGCCACUGCUUCAGGUGGAAGGGCCCAGGGCCAACCCUAGUGCCCGCCCUGUGCCCACCUAUGCACCUGCCCGGCAGCCCGAGCCACCUGCCCCUCCCGAGGGUGAAGAGGCAAGUGGCCCUAAGCGAAAGACGUGCCAGUGUUGUGUGGUCAUGUGAGCCCACACCCUCCACCCCACGCCCGGCUCCUCUCACAGCUACCUCGGCCUCUUGGCAUCCAGCAGCGGGUCCCGGGCACAGACAGGGCACCACGGGACCGGCUGUGGCAACUGGGAGCCAGCUGGCCUGCUCGUCCACCUCCACCUGGGCUUCAGGACCCCUCGCCCACUGCCUGUGACCCCGGCUCCCUUCUACGAAAAGCCUUUAUACUUGAAAAUAAAAACGUUACAGCAUUCGGA